AUGUUGUUGUUGGUGGCGGCGGCGAGCGGAGCCGGAGGAGCCGCCGCAAAGAUGGAGGAGCCGUCGAGGAGGCGCUGCCGCUGCUGCCGCCGCCGCUGCUGCCGCCGCCGCCCGCGAAGCCGGAGCUCGAGCCGCAGGGGGGAUGCCGUUCUGAGUGCCUGACUGCCUCGCCCCGAAGGAUGGCCUCUGAUGGGCAUUAGAGGCACAGCGGCCCCGGGCUCCUGUCCCGUCCGUCUGUCUGUUUUCGUCUGUCUCUCUUGACAUCACCGCAGCUCCACCCCCUCCCGUCCCAGCCCCCAACGCCAGCUUCCUGUGGGCCCAGAGCCGGCAUGAACUCUCCCACCGAGUCGGGAGGCAGUGGGCUGUGGUGGUUAGCACUCAGACUGGAGCCUCACACAUCCCGGCCUUACCAUUUAAGCAGCUGUAUGACCUAGAGUGAGUGACUUCAUCUCUGCCUCAGUUUCCCCAUCUGCACCUAUCUCGUGAGGUCAUCGUGCAGAGUAAACGAGAUGGGAUGUCAGGCCGGGAACCAUCCUUGGAAAUCCUGCCUCGGACCCCUCUACACGGCAUCCCUGUGGCAGUGGAGGUGAAGCCGGUGCUGCCGGGAGCCAUGCCCAGCUCCAUGGGGGGCGGGGGUGGAGGCAGCCCCAGCCCCGCGGAGCUGCGGGGUGCCCUGGCGGGCCCUGUGGACCCCUCACUGAGGGAGCAGCAGCUGCAGCAGGAGCUCCUGGCACUCAAGCAGCAGCAGCAGCUGCAGAAGCAGCUCCUGUUCGCCGAGUUCCAGAAACAGCACGACCACCUGACGCGGCAGCAUGAGGUCCAGCUGCAGAAGCACCUCAAGCAGCAGCAGGAGAUGCUGGCGGCCAAGAGGCAGCAGGAGCUGGAGCAGCAGCGGCAGCGGGAGCAGCAGCGGCAGGAAGAGCUGGAGAAGCAGCGGCUGGAGCAGCAGCUGCUCAUCCUGCGAAACAAGGAGAAGAGCAAAGAGAGUGCCAUCGCCAGCACUGAGGUGAAGCUGAGGCUCCAGGAAUUCCUCUUGUCGAAGUCAAAGGAGCCCACGCCAGGCGGCCUCAACCAUUCCCUCCCACAGCAUCCCAAAUGCUGGGGAGCCCACCAUGCUUCUUUGGACCAGAGUUCCCCUCCCCAGAGUGGCCCCCCUGGGACGCCUCCCUCCUACAAACUGCCUUUGCUUGGGCCCUAUGACAGCCGCGAUGACUUCCCCCUCCGCAAAACAGCCUCUGAACCCAACUUGAAAGUGCGUUCGAGGCUAAAGCAGAAGGUGGCUGAGCGGAGAAGCAGUCCCCUCCUGCGUCGCAAGGAUGGGACAGUCAUUAGCACCUUUAAGAAGAGAGCUGUUGAGAUCACUGGUGCUGGGCCUGGAGUGUCGUCCGUGUGUAACAGCGCACCAGGCUCCGGCCCCAGCUCUCCCAACAGCUCCCACAGCACCAUUGCUGAGAAUGGCUUUACUGGCUCAGUCCCCAACAUCCCCACUGAGAUGCUCCCCCAGCACCGGGCCCUCCCUCUGGACAGCUCCCCCAACCAGUUCAGCCUCUACACGUCUCCCUCUCUGCCCAACAUCUCCCUAGGGCUGCAGGCCACAGUCACUGUCACCAACUCGCACCUCACGGCCUCCCCGAAGCUGUCAACGCAGCAGGAGGCCGAGAGGCAGGCCCUCCAGUCCCUGCGGCAGGGUGGCGCGCUGACGGGCAAGUUCAUGAGCACAUCCUCCAUCCCCGGCUGCCUGCUGGGCGUGGCGCUGGAGGGUGACACCAGCCCCCACGGGCAUGCCUCCCUGCUGCAGCACGUGCUGCUGCUGGAGCAGGCUCGGCAGCAAAGCACCCUCAUCGCUGUGCCACUCCACGGGCAGUCCCCGCUGGUGACAGGUGAACGUGUGGCCACCAGCAUGCGGACAGUGGGCAAGCUCCCGCGGCACCGGCCCUUGAGCCGCACUCAGUCCUCCCCGCUACCCCAGAGCCCCCAGGCCCUGCAGCAGCUGGUCAUGCAGCAGCAGCACCAGCAGUUCCUGGAGAAACAGAAGCAACAGCAGCUGCAGCUGGGCAAGAUCCUCACCAAGACUGGGGAGCUGCCACGGCAGCCCACCACCCACCCCGAGGAGACAGAGGAGGAGCUGACUGAGCAGCAGGAGGCCUUGCUUGGGGAGGGGGCCCUGACCAUCCCCCGGGAAGGCUCCACGGAGAGUGAGAGUACACAGGAAGACCUGGAGGAGGAGGAAGAGGAGGAGGAGGAGGAGGAGGAAGAGGAGGAGGAGGACUGCAUCCAGGUCAAGGACGAGGAGGGCGAGAGUGGCACCGAGGAGGGGCCCGACUCGGAGGAGUCCAGUGCUGGUUACAAGAAGGUGUUCUCAGAUGCCCAGCAGCUGCAGCCCCUUCAGGUGUAUCAGGCACCCCUCAGCCUGGCCACUGUGCCCCACCAGGCCCUGGGCCGCACCCAGUCCUCACCUGCUGCCCCUGGGGGCAUGAAGAGCCCCCCAGACCAGCCCACCAAGCACCUCUUCACCACAGGUGUGGUCUACGACACGUUCAUGCUGAAGCAUCAGUGCAUGUGCGGGAACACACACGUGCACCCUGAGCAUGCCGGCCGGAUCCAGAGCAUCUGGUCUCGGCUGCAGGAGACAGGCCUGCUUAGCAAGUGUGAGCGGAUCCGGGGUCGCAAAGCCACACUGGACGAGAUCCAGACGGUGCACUCCGAAUACCACACCCUGCUCUAUGGGACCAGCCCCCUCAACCGACAGAAGCUUGACAGCAAGAAGCUGCUUGGCCCCAUCAGCCAGAAGAUGUAUGCCAUGCUGCCUUGUGGGGGCAUUGGGGUGGACAGUGACACUGUGUGGAACGAGAUGCACUCCUCCAGUGCUGUGCGCAUGGCAGUGGGCUGCCUGGUAGAGCUGGCUUUCAAGGUGGCAGCAGGAGAGCUCAAGAAUGGAUUUGCCAUCAUCCGGCCCCCAGGACACCACGCAGAGGAAUCCACAGCCAUGGGAUUCUGCUUCUUCAACUCUGUAGCCAUCACAGCCAAACUCCUACAGCAGAAGCUGAACGUGGGCAAGGUUCUCAUCGUGGACUGGGACAUUCACCACGGCAAUGGCACCCAACAAGCCUUUUACAAUGACCCGUCUGUGCUCUACAUCUCCCUGCAUCGCUAUGACAACGGGAACUUCUUUCCAGGCUCUGGGGCUCCUGAAGAGGUUGGCGGAGGGCCAGGUGUGGGGUACAAUGUGAACGUGGCAUGGACAGGAGGUGUGGAUCCCCCCAUCGGAGAUGUGGAGUACCUAACAGCUUUCAGGACAGUGGUGAUGCCCAUUGCCCACGAGUUCUCACCUGACGUGGUCCUGGUCUCUGCCGGGUUUGAUGCUGUUGAGGGACACCUGUCUCCACUGGGUGGCUACUCUGUCACCGCCAGAUGUUUUGGCCACUUAACCAGGCAGCUGAUGACGCUGGCAGGGGGCCGGGUGGUGCUGGCCCUGGAGGGAGGCCACGACUUGACCGCCAUCUGUGAUGCCUCUGAGGCCUGUGUCUCAGCCCUGCUCAGCGUGGAGCUGCAGCCCUUGGACGAGGCAGUCUUGCAACAAAAGCCCAACAUCAACGCAGUGGCCACGCUAGAGAAAGUCAUCGAGAUCCAGAGCAAACACUGGAGCUGCGUACAGAGGUUCGCUGCUGGUCUAGGCCGUUCCCUGCGGGAGGCCCAGGCAGGGGAGACGGAGGAGGCUGAGACUGUGAGCGCCAUGGCCUUGCUGUCGGUGGGGGCCGAGCAGGCCCAGGCUGCUGCAGCCCGGGAGCACAGCCCCAGGCCGGCAGAGGAGCCCAUGGAACAGGAGCCUGCCCUGUGACACCCUGGCCCCCGUCCCUCUGGGCUUCAUCAUUGUGAUUUUGUUUAUUUUUUCUAUUAAAAACAAAAAGUCACACAUUCAA